GAGCUGGAUAGCUUCGGCAUAAAACAUUACUAUGAUAGGUGGUUGGAUACGCCGUUAGUUGACGCGGUUCAGAGCAUCCCGGAUUUUGCAAAUCUCGAUGCCACGGUAGAACAUUACAUCGUCGAUGGUAGUUGGCGCGAGGAUAUGAUAUUUACUGAGUUACCUAUGGAACUGGCGAUUAAGGUUUAUGGAUACCCGCUAUCAAAACUAACAGCAUUUGAUGAUAGGUGGGUCUGGAGACAUUCUGCCAAUGGGGUUUUCACUUCUAUCUCGGCCGUGGUGGCGAAUGUUUGGCGAACGGUAAAGGAAAUGGAAGAUGCUUUCCGGAGGCCGUCCUCAUCGGGAAAGGGGAACGUAGAAAUUGCAUGGAAACCACCGGCGAACGGGGUAGUAAAGAUUAAUACGGAUGGAGCUUCGUUGGGGAAUCCGGGAGUGGCGGGCGCUGGCGCAUUUCAUGUAACAGGGCGGGUAGAAAGUGUUGGUACAAAACAUACAGAUGAAGAAAAGAAGACCAUUUCAACUCUUGGGCGAACGAGCGGCUCUACGACGGAUUUUCAGAAUUGUUUUUCGGGCCUUAGACACCUUAACGGGCUGAAAGAGUUCCCGCGGAUGGAAAACCUCCGCCGAGUGGUAGUGAGUGUAGUUGUCUAUGAUUCGAGCUUUCUCGAGAAUCUAUUCUUUUAUUCUAUAGAAUUUCUUCUCAAUUACAUCGACCCUGUCGGCUCACCUAUAAAUACCCCGGACUGUUCGCUGCGUAGCCUCAACUUCGUCGAUCCUGUCAAUAACGAUUUAGAUAGCCUGAUUCUAUUCCUUGCUAGGCUGCUUCAUCUUUCACUUCGAAAAGCUGCUUUGCUUCUACCUAUGUUCAUCUUGGUCACUUCCUGGCAUUUUCUUUCUUCGGGUGUUGGGAUUGGUGUCUUCUUUUCUAUCCUCCCACGGUUUCGGAUCGUGGAAAAGGUCUUGUCAGAGCCUUUAAAUGAAAUGCGUCUUUUAAUGUGUUCGAUGAGAGAAGAGAAGAAACCCCUUGGGCUCUACAAUGGGCUCCGCGUCGAAGCUCCACAAGAAUCAAACUCCCUUCGCUCCCUCUUCGCCAACCAUUCGGGCUGCCGAUUCGGUUCUUCCUUCGCUGCUAACGCUUACAUCUUCUUCUUAGCUACGCGGCAAUAA